CAUAGAGGCAUUUAUUCUAUACGACAAUGAUAAGAUAAGCAACAGUGAUCUUUUCUGGAGUUGAUAUAAAAUGUGACAAUCAUCAUCAUUCCCUCAGGGAUUAUCAGUCACUUUUUUAUUUUUAUUUUGUUUUCUUUUACAUACCUAUUUCUUCUUUCCUUUGUGUGUAUGUGUGUGUUUAUGAUGAGUGUAUCAAGUCAAAAAGAGUUGAAAAAGACUUUAUGUUAUGGAACUAUUCAUAAUGAUGAAUCCAUUAGACAAUACAAAUAUAAGCCGGAACUUCAAAGAACACUAUCUACAUUUGCAACAUUUGGUUUAGCUUUUACAAAUAUUGGUAUUUUAUCGAAUACAUCUGCUACAUUUCAAACAGUUUUACAAAGAGGGGGUCCAAUGAUGAUGUUAUUAAGUUGGAAUGUUGUAGCCAUCUUUAUGACAUGUGUAGCACUUUCAUUAGCUGAAAUAUGUUCUUUAUAUCCAACAAGUGGAGGACUUUAUUAUUGGGUUUAUGAGUUAUUAAGUCAACAUCCAAAAGGAAAGUCAAAAGCUCCAAUUAUCGCAUUUAUAACCGGCUGGACAUAUUAUUUUGCAAAUAUCAUUACAAUUGGUGCAACCAAUGUGACAGUAGCUUUAACAAUGGGUACUAUUCUAGAAUUAAUAUUAGAUAGAACAAUCUCAAAAGUAGGUUUGAUGUAUAUCACGUUAGGAAUCACACUAUUUCAUGGUUUUAUAAAUGUACGUGAGAUGAGUAUAUUAUCCUUCUUGAAUCAGUGUAGUGUUUUUUGGUCAUGCACUGGUUUAUUAGUGAUCAUGAUAACAUUGUCAUGUUGGGUGACUCAUAGAGAUGCCUUGUGGGUGUUUACAUGUUAUAAAAAUCAAACUGGGUUUGAGAAUCCUAUUUAUGUUUUAAUAUUAGGAAUGGUAGGUGCUGCCUAUUCAUUAUUUGGAUGUGAAUGUGCUGCCUCAGUAAAUGAAGAAACUAAAGAUGCAAACAUAUCAUCUUCAAUAGCCAUGAUAAGCUCUGUCAUAGUCUCUUGGAUUAUAGGUUUUACGUUUUUAAUGAUUUUACUCUUUUCUAUUGAAGAUAUUGAUUCCAUCUUGAACUCUAAAUUAAAUAUGCCCGUGACACAGUUGUUUAUGGAUGCAAUUGGUGUAUGGGGAGCAAUAGGAUUCUUAGUAUUGAUGUUGAUUUGUCAAUUCUGUACAGGUGCAACUACUGUUACUAUCGCUUCAAGACAGAUGUAUGCACUAGCAAGAGAUGAAGCUGCACCUUUAAGCUCAUAUCUAAUGACUUUGAAUACAUACAAGUUACCAGGAAAUGCGGUUUGGAUAACGGUUUUUAUGACAUAUCUAGUCAUCUUACCAUUCCCUCUAUCUGAACAUUUAUUUGAAACUAUUAUAAGUGCAGCCACUAUCACAAUUCAUUUUAGCUAUGCUAUGGUGCUGGGAUGUCGUUUAAUUGUUCAAAGUCCAAAGAAGGGGAAAUUUAACUUGGGAGAAUGGAGUACGUUUAUAACAUUCAUUGGAUUUUUAUGGACCGUGUUUGCUGUAUUCGCAUUUAUUAUACCUACAUCUUGGCCAAUGACAAAUAGCAAUGCUAAUUAUGCAGGUAUUGGCUUAAUUACAGUAAUUACAAUCACUAUAUUAUUUUGGUUGGGAUGGGGAAAAUGCCAUUAUACAGGACCCAAAUCAAUGACUGAUCCAUAACAAUUAUAUUACAAUAGCCUUAUUAUCAGCAUCAUCAUCAUUCACUAGUUUAUUCCAUUAUUAAUAAGCUUAUUCACAGAAGAAGAAUUCGUUUUAACAUCAUUAUUGGAUGAUCAAUUAAGAUAGAAUUAAAAUAUAUUGUCUAUUCUUUAUUUUCCUUCUAUACAGAAUAACACCAUGACAUAUAUGUAUAUAUAUAUAUAUAUAAAAGGGCUCUCUUUCUUUCCUUUUUUAGUAAUAAGGAAGAGUAGAAAUGAAUG